AUUCUUUCAAAUUAGUCUCCUAGCACACUUAGGAAUUUGGAAUGGACUCAGUAGGAUGGCUACAAAGAAAAAUUCAAGUGCUCACAAGGUUAAAUUUCAGGAAAGCCCUCUUGGAUGCAAGACAAAGGCGUGGUGUAAAGCGAAAACAAAAGCAGCCUGACUGAGAGAGGGCUUUUGCAUUCAGCCCCGCACUCCUCCCAGCACCCUUCUGGCGACGGAAGCAGCUAGAUUGAGCCCAUGGCGUUGGAACACAACCAGUCGGCAGACUACUACUAUGAGGAACCUGAAAUCAACGGUACCCAUGACUACAGCCAGUAUGAGGUCAUCUGUGUGAAAGAAGAGGUCAGAAAAUUUGCCAAAGUCUUCCUGCCUGCCUUCUUCACAAUCGCUUUCAUCAUUGGUCUUGCCGGAAACUCCACAGUGGUGGCAAUUUAUGCCUAUUACAAGAAACAGAGAACCAAAACAGAUGUGUAUAUCCUGAAUCUGGCGGUGGCAGAUUUAUUACUCCUCUUCACUCUGCCUUUUUGGGCAGUUAAUGCCGUUCAUGGGUGGGUCUUAGGGAAAAUGAUGUGCAAAGUAACUUCAGCCUUGUACACAGUCAACUUUGUGUCUGGAAUGCAGUUUCUGGCUUGUAUCAGUGUAGACAGAUAUUUAGCAGUAACUAAGAUCCCAAGACAGUCAGGAGUGGGGCGAUCAUGCUGGAUCAUCUGUUCCUGUGUCUGGAUGGCUGCCGUUUUGCUGAGCAUACCCCAGCUGGUUUUCAAUACCGUCAAUGUCAAGGCUAGGUGCCUUCCCAUCUUUCCGCACCACCUGGGGACAUCAAUGAAGGCAGCAAUUCAAAUGCUGGAGAUCUUCAUCGGGUUUGCCGUGCCCUUUCUUAUUAUGGGUGUAUGCUACUUUAUCACGGCAAGGACACUCAUCAGGACCCCAAACAUUAAAAAAUCCAGGCCCCUCAAAGUCCUGCUCACGGUGGUUGUAGUUUUCAUUGUCACUCAGCUGCCUUAUAAUAUUGUCAAGUUCUGGCAAGCUAUAGACACCAUCUACUCCCUGAUCACCGACUGCGACAUGAGCAAACGUAUGGAUGUUGCCAUCCAAGUCACGGAGAGCAUCGCGCUCUUCCACAGCUGCCUCAACCCACUCCUCUAUGUUUUCAUGGGAGCCUCUUUUAAAAGCUACAUCACCAAAGUGGCCAAGACGUAUGGCUACUGGAGAAGACAGAGACAAAAUGUGGAGGAGAUCCCUUUUGAUUCUGAAGGUCCUACAGAGCCAACCAGUACUUUAAGCAUUUAAAUGAGGAACUGCUCUGUCUCCUGCUUGGCUGCCCAUGAAUGAUGUGACUCCCUCAGAUGAAACAUCUGCAUUGUUCUGAAACUCAAAUCUCAACCACUGUGGUUGUAACUUAUGGGAAAGAAUGUGUAGAGGUGGGAGAGUGGGGAGAGUAGACGCAGAGAAGUGGAAACAAGAGAGUAAAUAUAGAAACGUGAAAAUUAAACACUACAGGAAAAUAGGAGUACCAGGCAUGCAUAAAUACAAACACUAUAUUACAGGUUAAGCCAUCUAACACAGACUUAGAGACUUACAUUCAGAAGACUUUAUAACUCUUUAAUUAUCUAAAUGUUAAAUAAGAACUGCUUCCAUAUAUUAUUUUAGUAAAUAACUAUGUAGUAAAAAUUGCCUUUUCCAGUUUUAAUUUUUUUAUUUCAUAAAAUCGCAGAAAGGAUAAUAAAUAACAAAAAUAUAUACAAUAUGGUUUUUCUAGACUUUUGAUGAAUAUUGGCAAAUUUCUAAAGAUAUAAUGUUUCCAUAUUAACUUUCUUUAAAAAUAAUUGGUUACCUUUAAUAUGUAUUAUAUUAAUCAUUUAUAUGAUAGAAAUAAUCCUCAGACUAUCAUAUUUAUCUAGGCUCUAACUUUUAUUAAAAGCUUAUGCAUUUAUAUGAAUCUAUUACAGAGUACUGUAUAAACAAUAUAGUGACCUAUGUGUAAAAUUUCUUUUCAUUUAAAGACAUAUUUUUAAGCAAUAAAAAUUCUACCACAAUAAACUGUUUUCAAUAAUGUGUAUAACUAAAA